GCCACCACCACCGUGCCAGCGGCCGCCGCCAAGACCGCCGUCACCACAGCCGCCGUCGCCAACUCAGUCAAACAGGUGCUACCGGCGGUGACGACGGCUCCCUCCAGUCAGCCGGCGCCGGCCGCGCCGCCUCCCCGGCAGCCGGCGCCGGCUGCGCCCGCGCCUGCCCCCGCCCCGGCGCCGCCGCCAGCCGCUCCCGACGCCCAGAAACCGGCGCAGCCCGUCUUGCCGCAGGUGACGCCGCACAAGGUGCCGCAGGUGAAGAAGGGUGUCAAAAGAAAGGCGGACACGACGACGCCGGCGAUGGCCGGUACGCCGGACCCGCCGUUCGCUCCCACCGAGCCCAAACUCACCAAGCUGGGCAAGCGGCGCGAGUCGGGUCGCCAGAUCAAGAAGGUCGUCAAGGAUCUGCCCGACUCGCAGGCGCGCAACGCCAACGCCGGCAAAAACCGCGAGAAAAUGCAGGAGUCGAUGAAAGCCUGCAACGAGAUCCUGAAGGAGCUCUUCUCGAAAAAGCACUCGGCGUACGCGUGGCCAUUCUACAAGCCGGUGGACGCAGACAGUCUCGGCCUACAGGACUACCACGACAUCAUCAAGCAGCCGAUGGACCUGGGCACGGCCAAGAGCAAGAUGGACAACCGGGAGUACCGCACUCCCAGCGAGUUUGCCAACGACGUCCGGCUCAUAUUCACCAACUGCUACAAGUACAAUCCGCCCGACCACGACGUCGUCGCCAUGGCGCGUAAAUUGCAGGACGUCUUCGAAAUGAAGUUUGCGAAGAUUCCGGAGGACGAGGCGCUGCUGUCGGAGGAGGAGAGGUCCAGUUCGGAGUCCGAGUCGGACCACUCCGAAGAGGAGAGGGAACAAAAGCUCUUAGUCCUUCAAAACCAGUUGCGAGUCGUCCAGGAGCAGAUCAAUACGCUGCUUCAGGAGAGCUUAUCGAAAAAGAAGAAGGACAAGAAGAAGAAGAGCAAACGCGACCGGCACCACGGCGACGGGCUGACCGUGCUCAGCCCGCUGACCAACAGCCUGGCGGGCGCGGGCGCGGCGGCCGGCGCCAACAAAACGCUCAAAACGAAACCGAUGAAGGCUCCCAGCAACAGCAAGCUGGGCGCCGGGCGGCGGCCGCGCGCCACCAAAGCGGCCAAGGCCAACAGCGUCAAAAAGAAGCAGACGGCCGGCCCGGCGCCCGCCUACGACUCGGAGGAGGACGAGGACAACGCCCGGCCCAUGUCCUACGACGAGAAGCGACAGCUCAGUCUGGACAUCAAUAAGCUGCCAGGAGACAAGCUGGGCCGCGUGGUGCACAUCAUCCAGUCUCGCGAGCCGUCGCUGCGGGACUCGAACCCGGAUGAGAUCGAGAUCGAUUUCGAGACCUUGCGGCCAUCCACGCUCCGAGAGCUCGAGUCAUACGUGGCCAGCUGUCUGCGCAAAAAGCCUAGGAAACAGUUCGACAAAAAGCAGAGCAGCAAGUCAAAGGAUGAGCAGAUGAUGGAGAAAAAGCAGGAGCUAGAGAAACGGCUUCAAGACGUCACCGGCCAACUUGGCACUACCACCAAGAAGCCAGCUAAAAAAGACGAGGGUAAGGGUGGCGGCGACGGCGGCGGCGCGUCGCGACUCUCUGCCUCUAGCAGCAGCUCGUCCGACUCGGACAGCAGCUCCAGCUCCUCCAGCUCCAGCAGCUCCGACUCGAGUGACUCGGAGGCGGGCUAG